AUACUGGGAUUCAUUUGCGAUUAUGUUUCCUAUGGUGGUGCAGCACUGCUUUUCCAUGGGGUCCUAUAUUCACAUGAUUCAUUAAAAACAUUACACCUGAAAAGCCUACUUUUGUUGUAUUCACAACUUUGAAAAUAAUUAAAUUUUAGAAAUGAAUAAAAAAAAUUCUGACAGCUCUGUGUUCAUGACGUAACGUUGUGACGCAAUGUUUACAGAUCUCACGUUGAAGUUUUAUCUAAUGGGCCUUGUUAAGCCUAGUUAAAAUGUGAUUUUACUCAUACAGAGUAUUUUCUUAGUUAUUUACUAACAUGUCUGAGGGAAAUGUUGAUAUUCCCAAUGUUUUUUUGUCGUUCCUAUUCUUAUUGUGCCUUUAAAUUGUGUUAUAGCUAGUUAUCCCAUAGCUAUUAUCAUUAGGUUUGGUUAGUAGCUAGUUUAAGCUUGGCAGCCAUGUUUCCCGGUUGCCUAGCAACAGUGUUUACACCACUUUAAUGACUGAUUGCUUAGCAUGGUGUGUUUCUGAGUGGUUGUGCAUGAUUUGAUUAUAUAAACAAUGUUUAUACAAUGUUUAAACAAAGGCAGAAUGACUGGAAAACAUGACAAAACUGUUGGGAACAUUAACCUUUACCUCAGAGGUGUAGCUAAAUUGCUAAGAAAUGACUGUUCAACUAAAAACCCACUGUAAAUAAGCUGAACAUCCACACUAUAUUAAGAAAAGUCAGUGUUUUCUCACAACUUGGUCAGGUUAAUUUAGUUAGAGCUGUCAGAAAAUGUUGACUUAUAUAAAAAAAAAGUGAUUAAUACUUUAAGAAUGAGAGGUGAAAUGUGAAAUCUUUGAAUAAACACGGUUUAAUAUGACUAUUGAACUUAACAUGGAUUUAAUAGAGUCGAUUCAGAGAGUCGAUUCCACAAACAAACAAACAAAAAAAAAAUCUAGAUUCACGAUUCUAAAAAUGACAAUGCAAAUUGUUGCACAACAUUAAUUAAGUACAUAAUACACGGAUUGAUGGUGUGAAUAGCAAGGUGACAAAUUUAUUAACAUCAUAUACUAGUGUUUGAACAUUAACUACCAUUUUAUUUAGUGAGGUAAUUUGGAAAGCUAAUGCUAGCUAACUGAACAAAACUCCCUAUUAUGGGUAGUCUUUAAACUAUUACCGACGAUGUUGUUGAAUUGUAAGCUAUUUUAUGUCUUAAGUCAUAGGUUGUUAUCUAAAAAUAAAAUGUUUUUAUUGUAGACACUUGGUAUAAUCUGUGCGUGAAUCUGAACCGAAUCAAUUUUCCACAGCUUCAGAUUCGACUCUCUUUUAUCAAUGCAGGUAAUCGGGAAUCGACUCCUUUUUGACUCUUCGUUAUGCAGUUGAACUGAUUAGUCCUCCACAGAACAGCUGUGUAAAGUCUCAAAUUCAGCCCCAGACCCAUACACUGAAUUCACACCGUGUGUUUAGGGUGAACUGCGAUGCUAAUUGAGUAGCUACCGCCAUCAAAAAUGCUCUCAAAUUCAAACAUACUACCUAAACUCUACCUAUCCAUCAUUGAUGAUGUGAUAGAGAGCGUCCGAGAGCUGUUCAUCGAUGAAGGAGUGGAAGAGAGAGUACUAGAUGAACUCAGGCAGCUGUGGGAGUCGAAGGUCCUGCAGUCGAAAGCCGUGGAAGGCUUUGCUAAAGAGAACAUCAAUCCAUCCAACUUUGUUCUGCAGCUUCCUGCAAAUUAUUCCCAAACGCUACAGAAAUCCACAGCUUCUGGUGUUCUUCCUGCCAGGCAGCAGAGUUUCACAGGGAAAGCUAGCAACACCGGCACUAUCGCGACAUUUUCUCUGCCACCUGGAGUCACUUAUCCUGUUCAGAUCCCUGCAGGUGUGACACUUCAGACUGCUUCAGGCCACUUCUACAAAGUGAACGUUCCUGUGAUGGUGACUCAGGCUCCCGGUUGCCAGCGCAUGCCUCCUCAAUCCAACCAACCCCACGUGGAGCAGAGAAACCUGCCCUCUGGUAUCAUUCACAACCUCCCUGCCUCCCAGGUGCCUCCUCCACCUCCGUGUCCCCAAUCCGUACCUGCUGCUCAAGCCCCCAAACCGCCGAUGCCUCAACAGCACCAGGUCCUUCAGCAUUCUCAGAUCCCCCUGGAUCCUCCUAUUCGGGCUCAGAUCCCUCCCGAGCCUCUCGUUAACCCCCAGGCUUCAGAGUCUCCCCCAGGAAACCUGGAUGAGUUUACGCUGGACGGAAUUGACUUCAGCCCGCAGCCGCUGGACAUGAGCACUCCGUCGUGUCUCUCGGCGGAGCAGAUGGUGGAGAGGGCUGUUAAAGCGGCAGCAGAAGCCAGGCUUAAUGCUGAGGACACACUGAGUCAUUUCCUGCCUGAUUUGGAAAGAACACCUGAUGGUGCACUUAAGCUGGACAUGGACCUCCUGAGAGACUACAACUUCAACGAGUUGACGGACAUCCCGCAGCUCGACGGGGCAUGUGACAGCAGCUCAGAGGCAGGAGACGAUCAGGAGGAGGAAACAGAGGAUCGAGGGCCUGUCGGGGAAAACGAGUUCCUGGGAAUGAUCAACGCUGAGGCUCUGCAGGCGCUCCAGGGGGUCGGAGGAAGCAGCGACGGAAACAGCAGCUCCAGCAGUGACGAGGAUGAGCCUGAGCUGGAGGAGGAGGAAGAGGAAGAGGAUCCACUGAACUCUGGAGAUGACGUAAGUGAGCAAGACAUACCCGAGAUCUUCGAUACUGAGAACGUAAUUGUCUGUCAGUAUGAUAAGAUUCAUCGCAGUAAAAACAGGUGGAAGUUUUACCUGAAAGACGGCGUGAUGUGUUACGGCGGUAAAGACUAUGUUUUCUCCAAAGCUGUUGGGGAGGCUGAGUGGUGAGAUGGGGAAAAGCAUGAGACAAAACACCCUUUAUGAUACUGUUUAAAUAUAUAUUUUUUGUUUUUUCAAUUUUUGAAAUUUUUUGUUAUUUAUGUAUUUCUUUAUUUUGGUUACUAUGUUAGUUCUCAGAAAGAAAAUCUCAGACUCUAAGGAAAGAAACACCCUAUACGAUACUAUUUCAAUGUAUACUUUUUUUUCUUUUGUUGGUUUGGGAUUUGCUUUGAAAUUCUAUUUAAUUAUUGAUUUACUUUUUGUUAUUGUGUUAGGUAAGAAAAAAUUCUUUCCCAGUUUUGUUUCAUGCAUAACGUUAUUGAGAGUGCACUGUGAUUUUGCAUUUCCAGACUGUAAAAAAAUAUUUAUUUAAGUGCUUUAAAUAUUAGAGAUGUUCUAAAUGGCUUGAUGAAUGUUUAUUUUUUUGGUUCUUGUCACUGUUUAAAUGAAAUGCACAGCAAGGAAAACACAACUGGUGUCUUUUUU